CCAAAAAGACAGAGGAAAUAUUUCUGAACUGACCACUUUUUCCUUUUACGCACGAGAGGAGCAUGAGCUUCUUGGGGAGGUGACUUGAUUUAAAGUAGGACUGGUGUGUGUGUGUGUGUUUUAUUAAUGAAUGUGUCAGUUCCUGAGAUGGCCAAACCUUUAGAUCACAUAAAAAGACCCAUGAAUGCUUUCAUGGUGUGGUCCAGAGGCCAGAGGAGGAAAAUGGCCCAGGAAAACCCAAAGAUGCACAACUCUGAAAUCAGCAAGAGGCUCGGCGCGGAGUGGAAGCUGCUGUCCGACUCCGAGAAACGGCCGUACAUCGACGAGGCCAAGAGGCUGCGGGCUCAGCACAUGAAGGAGCACCCGGACUACAAGUACAGACCACGGCGCAAAGCCAAGAGUCUCCUGAAGAGGGACCGUUUCGUUUUCCCGCUGCCGUCUGUACUUGGGGACGCGGCGGAGCAUUUGAAGGGAUUCCCCAUGGACUCCUUUCUUGUCCCCGGGGAUAAAGCCAGAGCUUUCCUCGCUCCCGUCUCCUCCCCCUCUUCCUUCUCGCUGCUGGAGCCGGUGGCGCAAUUCAGCACCGGAGCUGUCCAGCGGAUGGCGGAGAUACCGCACGCUCUGGCCGCCGGCGCUUUGCCCUACAGCGCACACACGUUCGGAUACCAGACUGGAGGGAUUGGGGGUCUGGCUUGCCACGGACAGCACACCCACACCCACCCCCACCCCCACCCGUCCUCCAGCCCGGGGUACGUGGUGCCGUGUAACUGUAGCGCCUGGUCUGCUGCCAGUUUACAGCCUCAGUUAGCCUAUAUUCUCUUCCCUGGAGGGAUGGCCAAGAACGGCAUGGACUCGUACACUUCCCCUAGCUCCAGUGUGUGACACGCUGGAUACACUUGAAGCUGCGCGGUCCCAACGGGGGGAAAGUUUGCGCGCACAGGAUCUCCCCCUCCCCGUAACAUGACAAAAGAAAAAAGAACUGGGCUACAACACAUGUUUUCAUCCUACAUAACAUCACAGCAAAACUGAAUAUUAGGCUAGUGUUUCUGCAGAUAUUAUAUACAUUUUAAAAUGCCAUAAAUGGCUGCUUACAGCUGAUUAGCAACAUCAUUUUUUUUCCAACCCAGGCUAUCUUACUUUACUUCUACUUAACUUUUUAUUUCUUGCACUGUAGCUAUGUUACAUUAUAGACUUAUUGACCAUCUUUUUUCUUACUCUCAUUUGUACCUUUAAUCUGACUGUGAGCCACAGCAAUUUAACAAUUUCCCUGAGGGGGAUCCAUAAAGUAUUCUGAUUGUGAUUGCCUGCUGCUGAGCAGUCUUACUCGGU